AUGCCGGCUCACAGCGGGAGCGGCAAUCCAUCGGCAUCUACGACCUCAGAGACUCCAGAGCCAUUCCACAACCCGCCGCCGAUGCUCAUGACUGACACCACCAACAUACACCGGCACUCUGUGGACUCUGGGGACCUCGAGACGAGAACAAGAAACCUGACCGACCUGCAGCCGCCGUCCAAUAACGCCAGUGGGCUUGUCAUCAUGAACCAGAAUUACGGGGAUCCUAACGCGUCCAUGUCUUUCCUUGAUAAUUCUAUUUCACAUUUUGAUACCACGCCGGGAAACAACCCGUUCCUGCCAGACUAUUUUCGUAGCAUGCCCCCAUUUGAGGCGUUCAUGUCUGGCCAGGCGACUCCGCGCGGUAUCAUGGACUUCAGCUUCGAUCUUGACGUUGGGUUGACUGACCUUGAUCUUGGUCUUCUCGACCAAUACAACUUUCAGGUCCCAUUCGCUGCUGAUACCCCAUCCACGGAUGCCCAAGGGGCUGAGCAACAAUUGUCGGAGAAUGAUACCGCGCCAUUGAGGGCGGAAGCCUUCAAGCAGAGCAUAUGGCGAUAUCUUCCUCAACGGUCCAGAAACCAUACUGCGGAACAAGUCAACUUGGCUGUCCCGGAUACAGAGAAAGACAGCUAUCGGCGCUCGAACUUUACACACCGCCGCGUGGUAGCAGAAAAACUACCACGUUCCAGCCGCGACCGACUAAUGGCUUUGGUUCUCGGUACAUGCAGCCCAGAGAACGUCAAGCGGAUAGCAUCUGCCUUUCCCAGUAUGGAGCUACUAGAUGGCUUGAUCCAGUAUUUCCUCUCUUCGCCAUCGAUAGAUGCGCCCAUGUGGUUCCAUCUGCCAACCUUUUCCCCUUCAAAAAUGAAUCCCGAAUUACUUGCGUCUGUAGUUUCUGCUGGAGCUGCUACUCUCCCUGACAUAUCUUUGCGAAAGCUAGGUUAUGCUCUGCAUGAAGCUUCCAGGAUGGGCCAGUCAAAAUCUUUCGAAGAGGACAACACCUCCAUCAGAGAUCUUCAGCAUCUACAAACGUUCCUACUUCAACUCAAGGUUGGUAUGUGGAGCGGCAUUAGUCGGAAGAUGGAAAUUGCAGAAAGCUUUCUCCAGCCUCUUAUGACGAUGCUCCGCCGUGGCGGUCGCUUUCGUCGGUCGACCUGGAAAGAGAUUAGUCCGUCUCCCGACGAUCAGGGCUCAGUUCUAGAAAGCAAAUGGCUGAGUUGGGUCAGCCAGGAGUCUUUUCUUCGCUUGGUUCACCGAGCCUUUGAGUUUGAUCGGCAGUCCUCGAUGGCACUCCUCAAACCACCACUAAUAUCUUACGCCGAGAUGCAACUACCUCUACCGAGUACAAACAAAUUGUGGCAGGCCAAAAACGCUACGACUUGGAAAACGACAUACCUGGAAACGGCAUCGGUGACUACGAAGCGACCAUCAGCUACGGAGUGCCUACUCGAUCUGGAAUAUCAGGGUCAUGAUUAUGCCAGUUCAACUUACCUUCACAUGAUGUGGGGUCCAAUCUGGGAAUACCGCCAAAUGUGCACCUUGACAUCUAGAUCGCAGUCGCAGCCAACCAAUAGUCUCAUACUAUCGUCGCGUUACCAAGAGCUCACAAAGCAGCUUGAGGAUUUCAGACUGAGUACUCCGCCCAUGAGCAAGAGUGUUGAAAUAACACUAGAGAUCAUGCUGGUUCACCUCAACGCGCCUUUGGACGACAUCCAGCUCUUCGCGGGCAUCGAAGGGCAGGAGGAGGCACGCAAUGCGUAUGUUGGCCUACGAGAUUGGGCAAAGACUCCCUCAGCGCGCCAAGCGUUGUGGCACGCCGGUCAAAUCCUGCGUGCAGCUGAGGUGCUGCCGAAAGCUCUGCUCAGCAACUUCAACGCCAUAGCUGUCUACCAUGCGGGGCUCAUACUAUGGGUGUACGGCUUUCUCAAACGAUCCAUAACAGCGGAACAGGGCGCAGUGGAUACGGCUGUCAUUCUUAACGGAGACGACUUGUUGAGCGCCCGUAAGUUCAUCACCCUGGACCGUGGCAUACCAGCGAUCAAGAGUUCCGGGUCACAAAACCCCACCCAGCUGAGCGACGUCUGUGGAGUCAUGGGCAGCUUGACACAGCUCCUUCGAGCGCACCAUGACGCGUCAGAACCAUCCCCGCCGCUUGUCGGCAAUUUGGUACAGUUACUGGAAGGCCUCCGGUCUGCCAUAAGAUGA